AUGGCGCACGUGUGCUGGGACAGCAGCGCGCUGCGCGGCACGGAGAACAGCAGCUCUCCCGGCUCCAGGUCGGCGGCGGCCAACACAGAUUAUUUACAGAUUUCUGAAGAGGUGAAGAGAAGAGACAUUGACUGUCUGAAGUUAAUUGUGACCUAUUGCCUUUUUUUAACAGCUGACUUAUCUCAGGUGUGGCCAGAGGCUAAUCAGAACUUCAGCAAAGAAAUAGAUGAUGAGGCAAACAGCUACUUCCAGCGUAUCUAUAACCAUCCACCACAUCCAACCAUGUCUGUAGAUGAGGUCUUGGAAAUGCUGCAGAGGUUUAAGGACUCCAACAUUAAACGGGAACGAGAAGUGUUUAAUUGCAUGCUGAGGAACUUGUUUGAGGAAUAUCGUUUCUUUCCCCAGUACCCAGACAAAGAGCUGCACAUAACAGCCUGCCUGUUUGGUGGGAUAAUAGAGAAAGGACUGGUUACUUACAUGGCUUUGGGCCUGGCCCUUCGCUACGUUCUUGAAGCCUUACGAAAGCCUUUUGCCUCCAAAAUGUACUAUUUUGGUAUUGCUGCACUAGAUAGAUUUAAAAAUAGAUUGAAGGACUAUCCCCAGUACUGUCAGCACUUGGCUUCUAUUAGUCACUUUAUACAGUUCCCUCAUCACUUGCAGGAGUACAUAGAAUAUGGACAGCAGUCUAGAGAUCCUCCUGUGAAAAUGCAGGGUUCAAUCACCACCCCUGGCAGCAUUGCACUUGCCCAGGCUCAGGCCCAGGCCCAGGUUCCAGCAAAAGCUCCUCUUGCUGGCCAAGUCAGCACUAUAGUAACCACCUCAACCACCACCACUGUUGCAAAAACCAUCACCAUCACUCGACCAACAGGAGUCAGCUUCAAGAAGGAUGUGCCGCCUUCCAUUAAUACUACCAACAUUGAUACGCUGUUAGUUGCAACAGAUCAAACUGAGAGAAUUGUGGAACCUCCAGAGAACGUCCAGGAAAAAAUUGCUUUCAUCUUCAAUAAUCUGUCCCAGUCAAACAUGACACAGAAGGUUGAAGAACUGAAGGAAACAGUGAAAGAAGAGUUCAUGCCUUGGGUAUCGCAGUAUCUCGUCAUGAAGCGAGUCAGUAUUGAGCCAAACUUUCACAGCUUAUAUUCAAACUUCCUUGACACUCUUAAGAAUCCAGAAUUUAAUAAAAUGGUUCUGAAUGAAACUUACAGAAACAUCAAGGUGCUACUGACAUCAGAUAAGGCUGCAGCCAACUUCUCCGACCGUUCCUUGUUAAAGAACCUUGGUCACUGGCUGGGAAUGAUUACACUGGCUAAAAAUAAGCCCAUCUUGCACACGGAUUUGGAUGUGAAGUCACUACUACUGGAAGCGUAUGUUAAAGGGCAGCAGGAAUUGCUUUAUGUAGUACCAUUUGUUGCCAAAGUCUUAGAAUCCAGCGUCAGGAGUGUGGUCUUCAGGCCUCCAAACCCGUGGACAAUGGCCAUUAUGAAUGUUUUAGCUGAGCUGCAUCAAGAACAUGAUCUAAAAUUGAAUCUGAAGUUUGAGAUCGAAGUGCUCUGCAAGAAUCUUGCACUGGACAUCAAUGAGCUGAAACCUGGAAGUCUCCUGAAAGAUAAGGAUCGUCUUAAAAAUCUGGAUGAGCAGCUGUCUGCUCCAAAGAAAGAUGUGAAGCAGCCAGAAGAGCUACCACCCAUUACAACCACCACUGCUUCUACAACUCCAGCUACCAGCACCACUUGUACAGCCACGGUUCCUCCACAGCCCCAGUACAGUUAUCAUGACAUCAAUGUCUAUUCCUUAGGAGGGUUGGCUCCACAUAUUACCUUAAAUCCAACGAUCCCGCUGUUUCAGGCCCACCCCCAGCUGAAGCAGUGCGUGCGGCAGGCCAUAGAGCGAGCGGUGCAGGAGCUCGUCCAUCCCGUGGUCGAUCGCUCCAUUAAGAUUGCCAUGACUACUUGUGAGCAGAUAGUCAGGAAGGACUUUGCACUGGAUUCUGAGGAGUCACGAAUGCGUGUGGCUGCACACCACAUGAUGAGGAACCUGACUGCUGGGAUGGCCAUGAUCACCUGCAGGGAACCUUUGCUCAUGAGCAUAGCUACCAACUUGAAGAACAGUUUUGCUACUGCGCUGAGGGCAGCUUCCCCACAACAGAGGGACAUGAUGGAGCAAGCAGCUGCCCAGCUGGCACAGGAUAACUGUGAGCUGGCAUGCUGCUUUAUCCAGAAGACAGCUGUGGAAAAAGCAGGCCCUGAAAUGGACAAGAGGCUGGCGACUGAAUUUGAGCUCAGAAAACAUGCUAGACAAGAGGGUCGUCGGUACUGUGAUCCUGUUGUGUUAACUUACCAAGCUGAACGGAUGCCAGAACAGAUCAGGUUAAAGGUUGGAGGUGUGGACCCAAAACAGCUGGCUGUUUAUGAAGAGUUUGCACGUAACGUCCCCGGCUUCUUGCCUACCAAUGACUUAACUCAGCCUACAGGAUUCUUGGCUCAACCUAUGAAGCAAGCUUGGGCCACCGAUGAUGUAGCACAAAUCUAUGACAAAUGCAUGACAGAACUGGAGCAGCACCUACAGUCCAUUCCCCAUACUCUGGCCAUGAAUCCUCAAGCUCAAGCAUUGCGCAGCCUCCUGGAGGCUGUGGUGGUUGCUCGGAACUCCCGUGAUGCCAUCGCUGCGCUCGGACUGCUGCAGAAGGCUGUAGAGGGCUUACUGGAUGCCACCAGUGGGGCAGAUGCUGACCUCCUGCUUCGCUACCGUGAGUGUCACCUGCUGGUGCUGAAGGCUCUGCAGGACGGCCGUGCAUAUGGAUCUCCAUGGUGUAACAAGCAGAUUACGAGAUGCCUGAUUGAAUGUAGAGAUGAGUACAAGUACAACGUGGAAGCUGUGGAGCUGCUAAUCCGCAAUCACCUGGUUAACAUGCAGCAGUAUGAUCUUCACCUGGCUCAGUCAAUGGAGAACGGCUUGAACUAUAUGGCUGUGGCAUUUGCCAUGCAGUUGGUAAAGAUCCUCCUUGUGGAUGAGAGAAGUGUUGCCCAUGUAACAGAGGCAGAUCUGUUCCACACCAUUGAGACGCUCAUGAGGAUUAAUGCUCAUUCCAGAGGGAAUGCACCAGAAGGGUUACCCCAGUUGAUGGAGGUGGUCCGAUCAAACUACGAAGCGAUGAUUGACCGUGCUCACGGAGGUCCCAAUUUCAUGAUGCAUUCUGGAAUUUCCCAAGCCUCAGAAUAUGAUGAUCCACCAGGUCUGAGGGAGAAGGCAGAAUACCUGCUGAGGGAGUGGGUGAACCUCUACCAUUCGGCUGCAGCGGGCCGCGACAGCACCAAAGCGUUCUCUGCGUUUGUUGGACAGAUGCACCAGCAAGGGAUCUUGAAAACAGAUGACCUGAUCACCCGCUUUUUCCGGCUUUGCACUGAAAUGUGUGUUGAAAUCAGCUAUCGUGCCCAGGCUGAACAACAGCACAACCCUGCUGCCAACCCCACCAUGAUCCGAGCCAAGUGCUACCACAAUCUGGAUGCCUUCGUGCGGCUCAUUGCACUGCUGGUGAAGCACUCUGGAGAAGCAACCAACACUGUGACAAAGAUCAACCUCCUGAACAAGGUUCUUGGUAUUGUGGUGGGAGUUCUUCUGCAAGACCACGAGGUUCGGCAGGGUGAGUUCCAGCAGCUUCCUUACCAUCGCAUUUUCAUCAUGUUGCUGUUGGAAUUAAAUGCUCCUGAGCACGUGUUGGAGACCAUCAACUUCCAGACGCUCACAGCAUUCUGUAACACAUUUCACAUCCUGAGGCCUACAAAAGCUCCAGGUUUUGUUUAUGCCUGGCUGGAACUGAUCUCCCAUCGGAUAUUUAUUGCAAGAAUGCUGGCACAUACACCACAGCAGAAGGGUUGGCCUAUGUAUGCCCAGUUACUGAUCGAUCUCUUCAAGUACUUGGCUCCUUUUCUCAGAAAUGUGGAACUCACCAAACCUAUGCAAAUUCUUUACAAGGGCACUCUGCGUGUGUUGCUGGUCUUGUUGCAUGAUUUCCCAGAAUUUCUUUGUGACUACCAUUAUGGGUUCUGUGAUGUCAUCCCACCUAACUGUAUUCAGCUAAGGAAUUUGAUCCUGAGUGCCUUCCCACGGAACAUGAGGCUUCCAGACCCUUUCACCCCCAAUCUAAAGGUGGACAUGUUGAGUGAAAUUAAUAUUGCUCCACGAAUCCUCACCAAUUUCACUGGAGUGAUGCCACCUCAGUUCAAGAAAGACUUGGAUUCCUAUCUCAAAACCCGUUCUCCAGUCACUUUUUUGUCUGACCUGCGCAGCAACUUACAAGUAUCAAAUGAACCUGGCAACCGCUACAACAUCCAGCUGAUUAAUGCCCUGGUGCUCUACGUAGGCACUCAGGCUAUUGCGCACAUCCACAACAAAGGCAGCACCCCCUCCAUGAGCACCAUUACCCACUCAGCACACAUGGACAUCUUCCAGAAUUUGGCAGUGGACCUGGACACCGAAGGUCGGUACCUCUUCUUGAAUGCAAUUGCCAAUCAGCUGCGAUACCCCAACAGUCACACCCACUACUUCAGCUGCACCAUGCUUUACCUGUUUGCAGAGGCCAACACUGAAGCUAUCCAGGAGCAGAUCACGAGGGUUCUCUUGGAACGACUGAUUGUAAAUAGGCCUCAUCCCUGGGGUCUCCUCAUUACUUUCAUCGAGCUGAUAAAAAACCCAGCAUUUAAGUUCUGGAACCAUGAAUUUGUUCACUGCGCUCCAGAAAUUGAGAAGUUGUUCCAGUCGGUUGCACAGUGCUGCAUGGGGCAGAAGCAAGCCCAGCAAGUAAUGGAGGGGACUGGUGCCAGUUAGAUGAGCUGCAUCUUGUUGUAAAUGUGCCAGCCUGGAGGCCCCUGUCCCAUCGACCGACAGAAGAAUCUGUAAGGCUCCUCCUGACCUUCCCAGCUCCCUCGAUGGGGUGCACGCAACCGACCUGGUGUGGAAGUCCGUGGGCACGUUCCAAAGUUUGAAAGAAAUUUGUGACUUUUGGCCAAAAUACAGAAGAUGCUGUGAAUAUCAUUUUGAACUCGUGUAAAUACAAGGAACAGAAACGUUUGUCUGGACUUCUGGGUUUGUGCAAAGUGUGUAAAAGGCAAGUGGGUAACUGGUGCCUAUCCAGCUUGUAAUAAAGGGGCAGCUGCUGAUGCCAAGUGCUUGUCUGGGGCAGACCUCCUUGUCCUGACAUUGCCAGACUCCCAAAGAAUAUUGAAAAGCCAGUUAUAUUAUUAUGUAACUUAUUUUUUUCUUUAUGUGGAUGGGGGACCUUUAAAUCAUUAAGUUGUUUUACAGGAAAAAAAAAGUGGCUAUGUUUGGAAUAUGGGAAUACUAUGGAGUAAGGGAGGGGGGGCGAGGGAGGGAUUUAAGCUGCAGCGUUGUUUUUCCCCUUUCCUCCCAGUGCUGACAGAACCGUGUGGCAGUCAGAACGCCUCCUUUCUGUUGGAGAAGACACACCUCAGGCCCUUUGGGAGAGGGUCAGCUGUUUUUAGUAAAGAAACCAGAGACCAGGCCUAUAGCUUUUUCUUUUUUUUUCUUCUGACACUUGUAAAUUUUGGAGAAGGGGGGACUAAAUCUAGACCUUUCCCUACCCUAUGACAGUAUAAGUUUGUA